AAGAAAGAAAGAAAAAAACAUGUUUGGUUUAAAAGCAAAAAAGUAGCUGAGGUUCUCUUGUUUGGUCAUUUGUCUCGUGUCUCAUUAAUUACAACUACAAAUCCUGUUCUCCGCAUUCUACUUUCGAUUUCAGUUUCUUGUUUUUUAUAUCAAAUUUAAAUCAAAUCUUCAGUUAAUUUCUCCCAAAAAUUUGAUCUUUCUUUCUGUUUCCAUCUGGGUUUCCUCCAAAAUCGAAUCUUUCUCAUCUGGGUUCAUUGAAUUUGUCUUGAUAUGUCGUUUUUCUUCGAAAGGGUUUGUUGUUGCUACUAGUUCAUAUGGUGAUGGCUUUGUCACAAACAUGAGUGGUUCACAUUUGAAUAAAAGCAUUUCCUUCAACAGAAGAUCUCAUUCUCAACCUCUUGGUAGUCCCAAACCAAUUAUCAACCGCUUUGGAUGUGUUUCUUUGAGGUUUCAAGUUCUUGUUAUCAUUGCUUCUGUUUUUUCCUUCUUUAUAGCAAUUGGUGGUGGUUACAUCUAUGUUCUUCCUAGUAUCACACAUGCUUUUUUUAAUGGACAAGGUUUCUUUUCUGAUCAUAACAAUAACAAUGAUUCCUUGUUGAGAAAAUGUGAUGUUUUUGAUGGAACAUGGGUUCAAGUAUCUGGUUAUCCUUUGUAUAAUGCAACUGAGUGUCCUUUUGUUGAACAAGGAUUUGAUUGUUUAGGAAAUGGAAGGAGUGAUUUGGAUUUUCUUUCAUGGAGAUGGAAACCUAAGAGUUGUGAAAUUCCAACUUUUGAUGUUGGUGCUGUUUUGGAAAUGUUGAGGAGUAAAAGGGUUGUUUUUGUUGGUGAUUCAAUGAGUAGAACUCAAUGGGAGUCUUUGAUUUGUAUGUUGAUGACUGGUGUGGAGGAUAAGUCGAGUGUUUAUGAAGUGAAUCAGAAUCAGAUAACAAAGAGGAUUAGGUUUUUAGGAGUUAGGUUCAGUGAUUUUAAUUUUACAAUUGAAUUUUUUCGAUCUGUUUUCUUGGUACAGCAGCGUCCGGCUCAUGAACAUGCACCAAGGAGGGUUAAAUCAACACUUUUGUUGGACAAGUUAGAUGAUAUAAGUCAUCAAUGGAUUGAUUCAGAUAUUCUUAUAUUCAAUACUGGUCACUGGUGGGUGCCAUCUAAGCUUUUCCACACGGGUUGUUAUUUCCAGGUUGGAAGAUCUCUGAAGCUUGGGAUGUCAAUUCCUGCCGCCUAUAAAAUAGCACUCAAAACUUGGACUUCAUGGAUUGAGAGAAAGAUUGAUAAAAAUAGAACACGCGUCUUUUUUAGGACUUUUGAGCCAUCACACUGGAGUGAUGAUACCCGUAGGACUUGCAAUGUAACCCAGUUCCCCACUUUUGAGACUAAUGCAACGGAGCAAAACUCGUUUUCAGACACAGUGUUGGAAGUUGUAAAGAAUGUUAAUUUUCCUAUAAACGUUCUCCAUGUUACAUCUAUGUCGGCUCCUCGCAGUGAUGCACAUGUUGGUAACUGGAAUGAUAAUCCAUUGAGUCAGGAUUGCAGCCAUUGGUGUCUACCUGGAGUGCCUGAUAUGUGGAAUGAAAUUAUCCUGUCCCAACUUUUUACCGAAUAUGAAAUCCCUUUUUCAGAAAAUGUAACUACACGAUUAGAUGACUAACAUUCUUGGUAAUUAUGAUGCUACUUCAAAAAAUUCAGAUUAAUCAUAAGUAUGGAUCAGAUUUCAUACUGGUGUUAACACCAUAAAUCUGGAGCCAUCUCAUACUGCAACUGUUGACCACGGCCAUCUACAACAGUUUCCUACAGCACUCAAACUGCACCAAAUUUUGUGAAUGUGUCACUCAUAUAUAAAUUGAAAUUGUACCUAAUUGUCUAUGACAUAAAGAUGAAACAGAGUAGUUUUUUAAUUGGUUUUCCCAUUCUUUUGUAUUCUGAAAAAGGUAAUGUUUGGGAUGUUACAAUUUUGUCUGCAUGUCAUGAUUUUUUGUUUUGGUCGUGGCAAUGCUAUUAUUGUUCAUCCAUAACAAAGAGAAAUAGAUGAAUAGUUAGAAGAAAUCAGAAUCCUUCAAUUCCAAUUAGCCUGACUUGAUUACAUUGUAUAUUGCUUUGUUUGAAUGACCUCGUGAUUAAAUUUCUGCUUCA